CCUAGUAGGGCCUGCUUGGCUGCUUUGCCUCUCUCUUUGGUAACAUGGCGGGUGUUGUGCUGUUACAGGAGACUCCGGUGCUGGAGGUGGUGAACGGUGAGAACCAUGUAAACGGGGAGUUAGAGGGAGAGGAGGUGCCAUGCGGAGAGAAUGCUGCCGGAAAAAAGAAGAAGAGGAAAAAGAAGAAGAAUAAAACUGGUCUAGAAGCUGAAAAAGAACAAGGAGUUUCAGACCCUUCUGUUGAUGAUGUAAUAAAACAGCUGGACUCUCAAACACUUGAAAGCAAGGAAAAGGAUGAAGAUGAUGAUGAGGCAGACGGGGAAGGAGAAGGAGCUGCUGGGAAGAAGAAAAAGAAAAAGAAGAAGAAGAAAGGCCCCAAAUCUCAAACUGAUCCACCUUCCAUUCCAAUUUGUGAUCUGUAUCCAAGUGGAGUUUUUCCUAAAGGACAGGAGUGCGAGUACCCAGCAACACAAGAUGGACGUUCUGCUGCUUGGAGAACAACACAUGAUGAAAAGAAGGCUUUGGAUCAAGCUAGUGAAGAAAUUUGGACUGAUUUUAGACAAGCUGCAGAUGCUCACAGACAAGUGAGGAAAUAUGUCAUGAGCUGGAUAAAACCUGGCAUGCCCAUGAUUGAAAUAUGUGAAAAGCUUGAGGACUGUUCCCGCAAGCUGAUUAAAGAAAACAAACUGUAUGCUGGUCUUACAUUCCCUACAGGAUGUUCUUCGAAUAACUGUGCAGCUCACUACACUCCAAAUGCUGGAGACCCAACAGUUUUGCAAUAUGACGAUGUGUGCAAAAUUGACUUUGGAACACACAUCAAUGGUCGGAUCAUUGAUUGUGCUUUUACAGUCACAUUCAAUACAAAGUAUGAUAAGUUACUUGAAGCUGUCAAAGAUGCUACAAACACUGGGAUAAAGUGUUCAGGUAUCGAUGUGCGCCUGUGUGAUGUUGGAGAAGCAAUUCAAGAAGUUAUGGAAUCCUAUGAGGUUGAUAUUGAUGGCAAAACAUACCAAGUGAAACCAAUUCGCAAUCUGAAUGGCCAUUCCAUUGGGCCCUAUAGAAUACAUGCUGGUAAAACUGUUCCAAUUGUGAAAGGAGAAGCCACCAGAAUGGAGGAAGGAGAGGUGUAUGCAAUAGAGACAUUUGGCAGUAAAGGAAAGGGAGUGGUUCAUGAUGACAUGGAGUGUUCCCAUUACAUGAAGAACUUUGAUGUUGGGCAUGUGCCAAUAAGACUUCCAAGAGCUAAACACUUGCUGAAUGUUAUCAAUGAAAACUUUGGCACUCUUGCAUUCUGCCGCAGAUGGCUGGACAGGCUUGGUGAGAGUAAAUAUCUUAUGGCACUGAAGAACCUGUGUGACUUGGGUAUAGUAGAUCCGUACCCUCCUCUCUGUGACAUCAAAGGUUCAUAUACAGCACAGUUUUAGCACACUAUUUUAUUGCGCCCCACUUGCAAAGAAGUUGUGAGUAGAGGAGAUGACUAUUAAAGAUCAUCCAGAAUG